AUGGUCCCAAGGGGUAAAGGUUUUGCUAUUGGGCCCAAAUUUAAUUUCGGGGGUCGGAAUUCCCCGGGACCCCUCGGGAUCCUCAUAGCGAUUCCCAAAUCCCACCGAGGAUCCCCUUUCCCGCCCCAAGAGGGUUUCCCCAACGCCCCUCACAGGUCGGGGGGAAAUUUGGCACCAAAACUGCCAGAGGGCAGUAAAGGAACGGGUUUGCGGGCCCCGGGAGCCAUGGGGUGGCUAACGCCGACGGGGGCGCCAGCCGAAAUCCACAAAGGGUCCCUUUCAUGGCGGUCCCCCAAACGGGGCCCUGGGCCCCCUCCCCAAAUUCCUCGCGACAGGCCCCUCUGGGGGUUUGCCCAAUCAGGGCCCCCAACCACCAUGCCUUUUCCCCCCAUAGAGAAAAACCGAGGGGUUGGUAAAUAUACAGGUAACGGGGUUGGGUCCCCAUAUGGGCCUAAAGGGUGUCCGGAUUAUGCAACCCCUUGCAGGUUUUAA